CCCCCCUGUAAAAUCCAGUUCAUUGUGUUCGUUUACAUUAGACAGGUCUAUCCCAUCACGGGUUGGAAGCUUCAGAGAGGUUAAACAUAAAAUUUCCUGAUUCUGUUACCUCUGCAGAUAAUUGGGUAUCUGCGUACAUUGUGCCACUAUGUUGAAAAAAUGUUUUCAGCUAUAAGUGCAUCUUUUGGUGGAUAAGCUACAUCCAAUGUACCUCUACAGCUCAGAGGCAAUUCCUAAAUCCAAGACUGAGCACUUCAAUACGAUGGGGGCUUUAUCCUUUUUUUCCUACAUUUUCCUCAAUAUUUACCUGGAUUGUGGCAUCAGGUUAUGUACAACUUCAACUACAACACAAGCAGAGUGAUUAGUAAGUGGGACCUAUUCUUCUUUCUAGGGAUACCUCAAGUGAAUAUAUAUACAAAGUACAUUGACCAUGAAUGGUGUAAAUGCAUUUGGGAAAGAGCCUCUGAACCAUUCCUGGAAGCCGAUGGAAGUUUCCAGGCCUCUUACUUCAAAUGACGGACUCAAGCGCCAUCCUUUAACUCCGAUUAGGGUGUUAAGGGGUCUGAUAUGUUUACUGGUGCUACUUUCAACGGCGUUUAUGAUGUUGCUGUACUGUGCUCCUGCGAUCUGUGUCAUAUUGCGACUUUUUAGUGUACAUUAUAGCAGGAAAGUGGCAGCAAUUUUUUUUGGUGCUUGGCUAGCCUUAUGGCCUUUUCUCUUUGAGAAGAUAAACAAGACUAAAGUGGUUUUUUCAGGAGAAAGUGUUCCUGCUAAGGAACGGGUUUUGCUUAUUGCCAACCAUAGGACUGAGGUUGACUGGAUGUACUUGUGGGACCUUGCAUUGCGGAAGGGACGCCUUGGGCAUAUUAAGUAUAUCCUUAAGAGCAGCUUGAUGAAACUACCAGUUUUUGGUUGGGGAUUUCACAUUCUAGAGUUCAUUUCAGUGGAGAGGAAGUGGGAACUUGAUGAAUCAACCAUGCGCCAAAUGCUAUCAACUUUUAGUGAUCCUAGAGAUCCUCUUUGGCUUGCUGUUUUCCCUGAAGGCACUGAUUUCACUGAGCAGAAGUGUAUACGGAGUCAAGAAUUUGCAGCCGACUAUGGUUUGCCUAUCUUAAAAAAUGUCCUCCUUCCAAAGACAAAGGGUUUCUAUGCCUGCUUGGAAAACUUGAGGAAUUCUUUAGAUGCAGUCUAUGAUGUAACUAUUGCGUACAAGUAUCGCUGCCCUCUCUUCAUGGAUAAUUUAUGUGGUGUUGAUCCUGCGGAAGUCCACAUUCAUGUUCGGCGUAUCCUCCUCAGUGAGAUUCCAACCUCUGAGAAAGAGGCUGCUGCUUGGUUGAUGGAUACAUUCAAGCUCAAGGAUCAGCUGCUUUCUGAUUUUAAGGCCCAAGGCUGUUUCCCUAAUCAACAAAAAGAAGGAAAUAUCUCUACAUUCAAGUGCCUGGUAAACUUUCUAAUGGUGAUUGCUUUCACCAGCAUGUGUGCAUUCCUUACAUUUUUCUCAUCUAUCUGGUUCAAAAUAUAUGUAGCAUUAGGUUGUGCUUAUCUUGCAUCUGCUACGUACUUCAAUUUUCGACCAUCGCCAGUUAUAGGUUCUGUGAAGGCUAUGCUUGGUUACAAGCAAUCUAAGUUGUGACCAAGUAUGCCAUUGGAUUAGGAGAGUCCACACUUUUUCAGCAAGGAAUAUUCUUACUAGUGUAAUUAAUUGUGAAUUAUUUUGUUGUAGAAGUACUUUUGCAGCAUUUAUUUUAUAGUGAACACUACAGAACCAUGAACAAAUCCUAGCCUUUUCAGUGUACCGUUAUACUUGCCAAGAACAGAACAAGAAUUGAUUGUAUGGUAUCGAAGAGAUUAGAUUGUAGUGAUAUUUCUCAAUGAAUGAAAUACAAGUUAACCUCA